AACAACGGCGACGAGCUUGAAACGAUAAGCAGAAUUGAGACAUCCGGUACCGAGUCUGACGAAUCUUCCUUCCCGCAUACUCCGCUUUCCCCGUCAUUCACUACCGCGCCCACGCAGCAAAGUCACGGGUCCAUGAUAGGACAGGCUAGGGUCGAGGUUCCUGUGACAUCAGUGCGACUGCCAUUCAUCGCAUCAUGCGAACGGAUUUUCACGCAAUGUCUGGACAUUGGAGCAGCAUACACGGCACGCGUGGCGAAAGCCGAUAAGGUGAAACGUCACAGGCAACCCAAGGUACGACUUCUUGCGGAUCCACUAGUUAUCGCGGAGCUUGCUGAAGAGGCUGGACCGACGCAGCCUAACACGAUAUGGCACAUCGCCACGGAGCUUGCAGCAGCAGCUGGGGCCACAGAAGCAGAAACUAAGCGCAAACUGGCAUGGCCCGCAUUGAACAAUAUCCCCGACUACGUUGACAAGACUAUGGCAUGGGAUAUUUUCCUGGGCGAAAUCUUCUACAAGUUGAGCCCUUCCCAUGAGCUGAGGCCGGGAAUGGCACUGGCUGCUAUGAGGGCGUUCAACAAGAGAUAUCCUGAAAGCUGUUUCACAUUGGUGGAAACGCCGGUUGCCGCAUUAAAGGUAAGCAAUGUCGUGCACGGCUCAAAGGGACAAGGAGAGAUGACACGUGCCCACAGGACCGCGAGCAUUCCAAUGUGAUAGACGGUGAGCAGCGCGAGCUGGGCAUGCCUACGGGCCAUUCAAGGGGAGCGAGCAUUGCCGAAGGAAGCCAGAGGACGAAUGCGUCCACGGAGGAGCCUCGCAAGUCGGUUGGCAAAGACUCUCGUGCGGAGCGGAAGGAGCGUCGGGCACGCGACGAGGAACUCGAGAAGCGGUGGGCCGCGGAGUA